CCACGAAUGACACAAAGUGUAAGCAAUAAAGUAAAAUACGGAAAAUUAAUUUAUUAUAAUGAAAUGUUUGGCGUAUUGGUCGUGCUAUCCUGUGUACUCGCGCUCGCUGCCGCCCGCUCCGUCAAUUACUGCGGCGCCAAGAUGUGUGGAGGCACCAACGAACAUACUUUCUGCCAGUAUCCAAAAGGCCCAAGUCCUGAAUGCGUUGAGUAUGAGAACGCGCGGCUCAGAACACACGAAAAGACGAGAAUCGUGGCGCGGCUCAACAGCCGCAGGAAUGAAGCGGCAUCCGGAGCAUUACUGGGCUUCCCACCAGCUGGAAACAUGGUGAAAAUGCAAUGGGUUGAGGAGUUGGCUCGUGAAGCCCAGCGGUGGGCAGACCAGUGUCGUCCACCGCGGCCCGUUGAAGAACACGAUGUUUGUCGUGAUCUAUAUUCAUUGAAAGUCGGUCAGUGUGUGGCGUCGGUAGUGGGCGACUCGCCGGUCCGAGUUGAGCAAAUGAUCGACAUUUGGUACAUACAAAGCACGUUGUACAAUAACAGUAUCACCUCCUAUGUGCCGCCAGGUAACGGUAGCAAAUAUUACGGCGAUUUUGCACAGAUCCUUUGGGCGAAAAGUAAUAUGGUGGGCUGUGGUCGCAGUCGAUUUAAGACGCUUUGGCAAGGUGAACUUAGAAACGUGGAGCGUUUAGUCUGCAACAUAGCCCCGCUUGGGCCCAAACCGAAGCACCGAUUAUGGGUGCCCGCCGUACCAGCUUUCUUCUGCCCAUAUGGUUCAUCACAGUCUCUUACAUGGCACCACCUUUGUGAAUUCCCUGAAACGAUUGCUGAUAUACAAGAGACGUUGAAACGAAAUGAACGUGCUUUGUCACGGAAAAGAGGGAAACGUAGAACGAUUCACCACCAUAUACGAAGAUUUAGAAGGCACAAGAAAUCGCGUAAACAUGGGGACAGCCACAGGAAAGAAAGAGAAACACUAAAUUUUCAUCCAUUUUUAAAUAACUACUCUAGCAGAACUAGUGUCGCCCCGUCUCUUGUCUUACUUUUAGCUUUGUGUUUAUAAUUUUGUAGGUAUAUUUUAGAUGUAUUUUGUUUGUUAUGUUUAAUUUUAUUGUUUAGUUAUUGUGUACUUUGUUAAUAAACUUUUUGAUAUUCUUA